UGUUAAUAAAUAAUUCUUGGCUGCGAUUUUCCAUUGUUUUGGUUUACAGAGAAUUUCUAAAUUCCACUGCAAUUAUGAACUCGGUUCUAGUAUAUAACUUGGCAUUUUUGCCUGUAUUUCUUUCCAUAUUUCUACCAAAUAAUUUAUUCGGACCAACUAUUGUGUUUGCUCAUACCAAUACAGAUGAUGAUACUGAUGCAGUUCCUCUUGAUACCUUUGUCACGUCACGUCCUAGGGACCCACGCUCUGCCGUACCUGAAAAAUUUUACAACGCACCACAAAAUUGUAAUCCACAUCCAUAUAUGUAUCUUAUUAACCCUUCUACAUUGUGUGUCCAUAAAGAUGAGGUAUUCCUCUUAAUUCUUGUUCGCACAAUUUUUUCACAAUUUGAGCGUCGGAUGGCAAUUCGAGAGACGUGGGGAGACAAGAAAAAUUUCCGCAACGUCAGUGUGGUAGUAGCCUUCCUCUUUGGUAGAGACCAAGACCUUCACUUACAACCAUCUAUUCAUCGUGAAAGUGAGAUUUAUAAGGAUAUCAUCCAGGAAGAUUUUAUUGAUUCGUAUGAUAAUUUAACACUCAAAACUGUUAUGGCCUGGAAGUGGGCGAGGCUCUAUUGUCUACAUGCCACCUUUGUUAUGGUGAUGAAUGAUGAAAUGUUUGUGGAUAUUUUCAAGUUGAUUCCUUACUUACGUCAGAUAUCUCUGAAAUCUGAAUAUGUUGACCAUUUUGCCUUGUGUUACUACUUCCCUUGUUGUGACUUAGUGUAUCGCAGGGGCAAAUAUGCUGCUGCUAACUACUCCAGUACAGCAUAUCCUGAGUACUGUUCGGGUGUUGCCUAUGCAGCAUCUAUGAAAGUCAUCAAUCAACUUUAUCUCAUGUCUAUCGACACACCAAUGUUCAUGCCAGAUGAUGCCUGGAUAGGAGUCCUUGCUGAGAAACUUCGUCUGAAAUUCAUUGACACCGAUUAUGUUUUUGAGGGUAUUUCUGUCAAAAAUGGCAUACUGAAGAAGUUUAUGAAUCCUGACUAUCUUGGCAGUGCAACCAUGAUUGCAGUGUUGGACUAUGUAUUUCCUAACAAAGAGGCUGUCAUCAUUCGUCACUUGUGGCGUCUUGUUCUCGAUCAUCACCGGAAGUCUUUCUUACGUAAUCAAGUGGCAGUCAAAAAGAUGAAUUUAAAUACUGACUGGGAGAUACUCGAAGCAAACAAUGUCUUUUAUUUGGUUGCCUAUAUGAUGUUUGUUGAUGUGUUUGUUGUUGGGAUCAUCUUAUGCUUAUUGUUUUAUCGAAGAAAAAUCAAAUUAGGCUGCAAAGCAUCAUACCAGUGUCUGAAUUACUGACAGCCUCUUUAUAAAUCCUUCCACUCUCUACAGAAGUUCCAUAAUACAACCAAGAAGUUUUGUACUUCAAUAUAUUAUGGGUGUACUAUAUUUUAUGGCAUACAAGUCAAUGUAGUAUAUAGUGUAGACAUGUAGUGUAAACAUUCAAAUGUCUUCACUAUCUUUUCAAAUAUUGCUGCAUUUCACACGGAAAUUUUGGUCCUCCUGAGAUAUCUUGGUGUAUAAGUUGACUUACCCUUUUUCGGCUGUAAACUUAAAUCUGAAAGAUUCAACUUGUAUGCUGGAAAAUACAGUAGGUGUUUGGAGAGAAAAAUUAACCAGGACUAAAAGGAGAUGCAAAUGUUUAAUACUUUUUUCUAUUUUUAUGAAGAACACAUUCUAA